CGAUUACUCUAACAUUAUAUCUUGAAUAAUCUUCCAAAUUCUGUCUUCUACUCUUAGCAUAAAGCUUCAGAACAAGCUUUAUAUAUCUCCAUCAUGACAGUCGUCCCGAACAUCGCCAGCGAAAGGAACGUCGUUGUUCUUAAAGCAAAACGUCAUAAGAUAGACACUUUAGAUUAUUCAAGUGGUAUUCAAUAUGAAUACCCUGAGAUAUCCCUUUCUACUGAUAGCACCCCUUUGGUGAAGCCCACAAAAGAGUCCAAACACAUACUUAUUUUAGGGGGCGGCGUGAGUGGGCUGUUAAUUGCCUGGAUGCUCUUGGACGAAGGAUACCGUGUCACCAUCAUUGCUGAUGACUGGGCCUGGACUAAGGAUUUCGAAAAGUCUCGGAUGGCGUCUCAAGUUGCAGGGGCUCUAUGGGAAUUCCCUCCCGGUGGAUGUGGGUUGACUGAGAUUGAAUCGCCGGGCAAAGGCUGGGCUGCUAUUGAGCAUUAUCGAGAAUGGGCUCUGCAGAGCUAUGAGUUUUACGAGAAGUAUGAGCAAGUGUUCAACACCUAUGAAAGGAACGGUGGAUCUUUUGGUUUGAAAUUCACCCACCUCCACCAGUUCUUUUUGGACGACCUGUCUCAAUUGAAGAAGGAUGAUCCCAAUUAUGAAGAGGCUCUGAAACUACAGGAGAUAGAGAAGAGCCCGCUCAAGAAGGAUGUGAAGAAAUAUAGCAGGACGACGGAAGCAAAGAAGUCGGAAUGGAAUAAACAAUUCGACAAAGUCAUCGAGCCAAGCUUGAAUGGGCAAGAACUCAAGAGCGCAUACAGCCACAGAGCGCCCAUUGUGAAUACAGACAAAGCAAUGGCAUAUCUUAUGGCGGUGGUUACAGCCAAAGGAGCAAGCAUGGAAACGCGAAAAAUCGAAAGCGACAUCAGGCAUGAGCUUGGCUUACAACUAUUGAGAGACCAUGGGGCAGACGCCAUUGUGAAUGCCACUGGUCUCGGUGCCAAGACAGUGGCGGCUGAUGACGAUGUUUUUCCCGUCCGCGGAGCUGUUCGGCGCGUUGAAAACACACACAAGGGUUCAUUUAGACAUCUAAACGAUGCAUAUUUGGUUCCUGCGCAAAAGGAUAGCAACCAUCAUCCUACCAAGACGGUUUUCAUUGUCCCUCGCAAUGACGACGUUUUAUAUGUCGGAUCAAUUGUGCAGCCCAAUAUCAGUACAAAAAAUCUUACUCCAGAGUCACCAGAGGUCCAGAUGAUGUGGAACAGAGCGGGUUCCUUUGUUAAGAAUCUGCUACAUGCUGGAUUUGUUCCCCAAUAUGAAUUUGCACAGGGCCUUCGACCUUUUACUAAAAGGAAUGUCAAAGUGAGGGCUGAUGAAGUGGCAACCUUUCCGCUAAUUCAUAAUUACGGGCAUGGAGGAUCCGGCUGGACUCUAGGUGUUGGUACUGCUCGAUGUGCUGUGCUUAUUUUGAAGAAGCGCUUGGAAGGAAUACCGGCAGCUGUCAUUAACGAGGAAAUUUAUGGAUAAGCCGUAACUGAUCUGCAUAUCAAUACAUAACAACAUGUAUUAUCGCAUUCUAGAUAUAAAGCGAUUAGGAUUUAUUAGGCACAAAAUAAGAGUGACCUAUGCUGCAAAGCCAAGAUACAAGAUAUCUCGGACGUUUUUUGCUAUAAUUUGCAAUGUUAUAACCUAGGCUACCCAGAAAU